AUCUAUAUGUAACUUUAGUUCAACUCAACUAUUAGCAACUCAAUCCUACCCUAGAAUUGAAUUGGACUGAAGAUCCAACCCUUGGCAAGAGGCCUCAGUUGAACUGGACUGAGUCAAUUCUGGAGAGGCAGAAUUGAAGUUGGACUGAUUGAUAGGAACUCUGCUCUGAACACUGCGAGCGUCUCAGCCUCGCUGCAACAUGGAGGCGCUUUACGCAACGAAACGCGAAAUGCGACUGUUGAAGGCAGUAAACGACAGAUUCGAGCUGACCUCGUUCCCCAGCGACCGCACUCCUUCCUACGCAAUCCUCUCACACACAUGGGGUCGAGGAGAAGACGAUGAGGUCAUAUUCAGCGACAUUUCCGAUGGCAUCACUUCUUGCCUCACUGGUGCUGACUUGUGCACCGGCUCGUUCCUCUUCACUACUGUUGCCGUCCUUCAGAAGCGCCUGAGUCCAGUCAAGAUGUUGCUGCACUGGUUCAUAACUUUUUGGGGUAAUCUCGCUGGUGCACUAUUCGUCGUCUCGAUUAUCUUCGGCUACGGCAACGUCUUUGCAAAGGACCCCUAUCUCACCGAAAUCCACAACUUUGUUCGAACCAAGCAAGUUGUUCCUAUGUGGCACAACAUCUUUCUUCGCGGGAUCGGUUGCAAUUGGCUCGUGUGCCUAGGCUGUUUCUUCGGCUUCCAGGCCCGUGACCUCGCAUCCAAGAUCAUCGGCAUUUGGUUUCCGAUCUUUGCCUUCGUCGCGCUUGGUUUCGAUCACGUUGUUGCUAAUAUGUUCUUUGUGCCCAUGGGAAUCUGGUUGAAGACACCUGGUGUCACUGUCAGCCUGUAUAUCUGGAAAGGUAUCAUCCCUGCUUUCUUGGGUAACUUGGUUGGUGGUGCGUUGUUCUGUGGUGGGUAUUACUGGUGGAUGUACCUUGCAUUCCAACCUGAGGUCGAAGUUGAUGGUGUCAAAUACCAACGAGGGCCAGUCUCUAAUGGCAUCAGCUUGUUCAGUAAGACAAAGGGUAGCGAUGUCGAGAGUAAUGCUGGGUCAACGAUCAAAAAGGUUGACCAUGCCUUAUAAACGAGCUGGUCGUACCGGACUCGGCGCUGUUGGAAUGCAUAUCUCUCGGAACGCGAAGAGUACUGAAGAUGCUGCGAUAUUUACUGACAUGCCUUGGACGUUCGACAAGACUUCGAUACCCGGGAUCUCGCGAGUCCUAUGGCUAGACCUCGUGCGCAUCAGUAUGAGUGAAACAAGUAUGACUGUGACGAUCAUGAUGAGCUUUUGCCAUCACACUGCCUUAUCUAUGUUGUACUCAGAGUCGUACUCCGUAUCAGACAUAUGCGAAAUGUUUUCUUCAGACGUAAUGGCAUACGAAAGGGGGUAGAUGUAGAAAUAUAUAUACAUGU